AUGAACUCAUCGUCAAGGCAAAGCGCGAACUUGUUCAUUGGUUCAGAUUCAUCGUGCACGUAUAGCGAAGAUGAACACAAGUUUGAUACCAACCUGAUGGGCACGCAAACCCACCAUGUGUCGCAUUCAAAGCCUAACAUCCGAGGUUUGCGUCGAGAAAGUGCGCAGAACUUCGAGAGAACCUCUACAGUAUCCUUCUCGAGGAGCCUCACAACUCCAGAUUUGAAGGAGGAUCUAGGCUAUAACCAAGACACACCUAGCUGCUACACGGCUGCCCGCCGCUUUGAGACUCAAGAAGGGGCUGAAGAACGUCGUCGCGGAAGCGCAGCUGAAGCAAGAGUUGCACAAGACAACAUUCGGCGUGAUACUAGUUUGGAUGAGUCUCGAACAUACAUGCAGCGGGUUCUGGCAGAGCACGAUGCUGCUAGUGCGAGAGAGAACUCUGAUCAGUACCAUUUCGAGGAAGAGGACGUCGAGGAACCUAGCAAUCAGCUUACGGUACCCACCCGUGGACACAUUCGUGUAAUCAGCUUCGAGGCCGUUCCCUCGCAACAUAUGCGCGGUAGCCUCUGGUCGACGACAUCGCUUGCUUCGACUGAUUCGGAAGAACUGACGGAGGAGUUCGCCCACGAAACUGAUGAAUGCCGCUGCACACUACAGGAAGGCAUGCAAGGUUCAGAUAGUGUCGAGGACAGUUUCCAACCAGUAACGCCUAGGCCACGUGCGUUAUCGCUCUUGGACGUACCAUCUGAGCUACAUCUCAAUCGCUCUAGCCCACCUGCUCCAAAUCGCUCGAUAAACCAGUCCGCUACGCUGUCAGCCCUCGAUGGAGCCAGUGGGAAGUCUGAUAGUCUGCCUCGCGGAUCGUCUGGCCAAUGGCUCGGAGCAACAGCUCGCCACUCAUCACUCGCCGCGCGACGUCAAGGGCGGGUUGACUGGCAGAAGACCGGUUUUUUUCGUCAAGUGGUCGGCAAUAUGGCCUAG